GCUUCAAAAUCCCAACGCCGCUAUCACUCCUGCAUCUGCUUCCUCCCCCUCCGCCGACUCUUGCGCAUUCCUCGCCGUACUGGGAGCACGGCGUUACGGCGAAGUGGCCUCGCUGAUCCAACGCGCCGGUCCUUGCGCUGCUUUUGGCGAGGUUUGGUUUGGACCUAAUUUCGUUCCGCCUCGCUUGAUUGACUCUUGGCCCGAAAUCAGGAGUCGCUAGACAUACCCGCACAUCCAUGGUAGCGUAAGCUGUACUAGUAGAGAGUCCGUAGAUCAAGCUUCAGGUUAUUUGUGGGUCGCACCACCAUGGACAGAUGCGCGGUCCACAGCUGCUGCGCUAGCGCUGCACGACAAGUACCGUCGCUUUCGCCACGCUCCAGUACCUUCGCCGUCGGCCGGACAUCCCCUCGCAAUGCCGUCUUGAAUCUUCAACGGCCCAACAAAAAUCGCAUGGCUGCGUCGGGUGACAGACCCAUAAACGCGAUCGGCGCCGUAAUCUCCGCGCCCUUGCCACGUAAGCAGCAGCAACUGCAUGUGACGGGAGAUUCAAGAUUGCGGAUCGCAUCAUCGUCGCCGUUCAUCAUCAGGCCAUGCCACGCUGGCAGCUCCUCCACGUGGACCCGCUCGUGUCCGUCGGGUAGGUCGUGUCCACGUGUCGUGCGCAGCGCAGGGAUCGGAGUGAAAUCGACGAGGUUUAGGGUACGGUGUAGCGCGUCCGAGUCAGCAAAGCCGUCACAUGUGGAUAGGGCGAGAGAUUCAGGCGAGGGGGGUUUUGAGCAAGAAAACAGAAUUUGUAACCAGAAUGCGGAAGCUUCGUCGGAAGCAUUCCCUCUGUCUGGCGUGUUAUUAGCUGCCACGUGUAUGGCGAUGGUUGGUGUGCAGCUGGCGGCGUCGCUCCCAGCUCACGCCGCUUCUGCGGUGCUGAAAGCUUCGUCAAAGACGGCCGCUGCACCAGCAGCAGCACCAGCAGCAGCAGCGCCGCCACCAGCAGCAGCAGCGCCGCCACCAGCAGCAGCAGCUGCGCCGGAAGCUGUAUCCGCCACCGAAGCGGCAGCAGCAACGACAGCUGCUGCAGCAGUGGCAGAAGGAGCGGCAGGCGGGGGAGCAGCAGCGGCGGAAGGCGCAGCCGGCGCAGGCGCAGCAGCGGGCGCAGGCGGAGCAGCGGCGGGGGGAAAGCGCAAGGAGAAGGGGAAGAAGGGCGGGAGGGAGCGCAAGGGGGGGAAGGAGGUGGCGACGAUGGAGGUGGAGGAGCGCGAGGCGUGGGCGCGCGGGCUGCCCGUGGUGGCGGAGCGCGUGCCGUACACGCAGCUGGUGGCGCUGAAGCGGGCGAACGAGCUCAAACACAUCAUCAAACACCCGCAGUCGUCGCUCAAGUCUGAGCCCGAGCGCGUGUUCUUGGUGCUCAAGGACGACCGAGUCGUGCGCUGCAUGCUGCCGCCUCUGGACCGCGACCCCUCCUUCUGGGCGGCAUGGAAGGAUCUCAGUCUGGAUGCACUCACCAUCAACGCCUUCUCCCCGCCGCCUGCGCCGCCCGUCAUGCAACCCUGGGGGCUCUGGGGCCCUUCCUUGAAGUUUCUGCAGGACUGGGGUAAGGGGAAGGGGAAGAUAUUGACUGCUAAGCAGAAAGCGGAUCUUGCUUUGAAAGAGAGAGUGAGGAAGUUAGCUGAGGAGAGGAGGGAGACGGAGAGGAGGAGGGUGGAGAAGGAGAGAGAGAUGAAGAGGCAGAGGGAGGAGAGGAUUCGGAUGGAGAGGGAGGAGAGGAGGAGGGCGGAGAGGGAGGAGAAGGAGCAGCAGAGGCAGGAGGAGCAGGAGCAGCGGCAGGGGGGAGCGCGGGCGAAGAAGCGGGGAGCGGAGGAGAAAAACGUGGAGGCGAGGAGGAAGAAGCUGGUCGCUCAGGUGGCAAACCAGGAGCGGUGGGGGUCGUUCUACAAACAGGCGGCCAAUAACGAGGGAGUGAGGUUCCUGAUCGGGGCGGCGUUCUUCGUCUUCUUCUACUUUGGCAUCAUAGUGAACGUGAAGAAGAAGCGGAAGGAUUACGAGGAUCGGAUCAAGUUGGAGCGGGCGGCGGAGGAGGAGAGGAGGAAGAUGGAGGGGUGGGAGGAGGAUAUGGAUGAGAUGGAGGCGAGGGAGGAGGAGGAGGAGGAGCGCGAGAGGGAGAAGCAGAAGGGCGGAGGGAAAAAGGCUGGCGUGGUGGUUGCGGGAGGGAAGGACGGAAAGGGGGGGGAUGGGAAGGGGGAGGGGGAGAAGGGCGAGGAGGAGGGCAAGGGCGCGGUGGAGGAGGAGAAGAACCAAGCCAUCUUGGCUGGCAUGCGCUUCAUGCGAUCCGGGGCGAAAGUGCGACGGGCUCGCAGGGGGAAGCGCACGCGGCGCCCCACGUAUCUGGACCUGAGCGCAGAAGUGAAAUUCUCCGAUGUAGCCGGGCUGGGCGAGAUCCGCCGCGAGCUUGAGGAAGUUGUCGAGUUCUUCCAGAGCGCCGAGAAGUACCGCCGCCGCGGCUCCAAGAUCCCCUCGGGCAUCCUGCUCUGCGGCGAGCCGGGCAGCGGGAAGACUCUGCUGGCCAAGGCGGUGGCGGGGGAGGCGGGCGUGAGCUUCUUCUCGGUGUCGGCGUCGCAGUUUGUGGAGAUCUUCGUGGGCGUGGGGGCCAGUCGAGUAAGGGCGCUGUAUAACGAGGCGAGGGAGAACGCGCCGUCGGUGGUAUUUAUCGACGAGCUGGAUGCAGUGGGCAGGCAGAGAGGGCUCACGGAGGGGUCAGGCGGGCAGGAGAGGGACGCUACUCUGAACCAGCUGCUGACGUGUCUGGAUGGCUUCGAGGGCAGGGGUGACGUCAUCACCAUUGCAGCCACCAACCGGCCGGACAUUUUGGACGCUGCCCUGGUGCGGCCGGGCAGGUUCGACCGAAAGAUCUACAUCCCCAAGCCGAGCCUCAAGGGGCGCGCCCAGAUCCUCGAGGUGCACAGCCGCAACAAGGUGCUGGACGAUGACGUGGACUUUGAGGCCGUGGCGCAGGUGACAGAUGGCAUGUCGGGCGCUGAGCUGGCAAACGUUGUUGACGUGGCGGCGCUCAGAGUGCUGCGAGAGAACCGAUCCGAGAUCACCACGGACGACAUGCUCCAAGCAGCCAUGCUGGAGGAGGGCGGGUACCCAUCGCCCCACGAGGGCAGUCCAAUCAGGCAGCGCCAGCUGGCACUCAACGAGGCGGCGCUGGCCGUGGUGGCAUUCAACUUCCGCGACUUCCAGAACAUUCAGCAGAUCACAGUGGUGCCUCGCAUGACAGAAGAGAAGGGUUCAGUGCGGUACAAGCUGGUGGACACACAGAAGAUGAAGGCCAACUUCAUCUCCGCCUCGUGCCUGCGAGACUUCAUCACCGUGCAGCUGGCGCCUAUGGUGGCUGAUGAGAUGUGGAACGGCGCUGAGGAGACAUGCACCAUCUGGGCGGACCACGCUGACGUGGCGCGCCGCACGGCGCGCCAGGUGGCGCUCAACGGUUUGUCGCUGGCGAGUGAGGAGGGCGCGCUGUACGGGUUUGGCGUGGCGGCCGUGGAUGCAGCGUGGAGGCGGGAGGCAGUUGAUGCGGACGCGAGCAGGAUACUGGAGGAAUGCCGGAAUAGGGCUGUGGAGAUCCUGUGCAGGAAUCGUUCCCUGGUGGACGCACUAGUGGACAAACUCCUGGAGGUGAAGUCGAUGGGCGGCAAGGAGUUUGCCAGCCUUGCGCGGCAGUACGGGUCGUUUGACACGCCGCCGCCCUCCCCUGUGGAGAUCAGGGACCGCCAGCUGGCGCGAUUCCGGGAGGCGAUGAUGGCGGGGGAGAGGGAGCGGGCGGAGCAGGUGCUGCUGGCCGAUCCUGUUGCUGUGGAGUGAUGUGGAGGGGGCGCGAGAGGAACGGACAGGAUGGAGGGGCGCGAGAGGAACGGACAGGAUGGAGGGGCGCAAGAGGAACGGACAGGAUGGAGGGGCAAACUGCCAGGUGGGCACGGUUCGGUUCCGAGAGGCCAUGAUGGUGGGCGAGUUGGAGCGGAUGGCGCAGGUGCUGCUGGCUGACCCCGAGGAGUGAGUGUGGUGGUGCGGGAGGGUGAGAGGAAUGGGGGCCAUGGGUGGAGUGGCAGGCACGCAGCCAGCUGGCACUGUGCGGCUCCGGGAGGCCAUGAUGGCUGGGGAGGAACAGCGAGGGAUCUGAUCUGGCGGCGCGGGUGUUGUUGGCCGGCCCUGCCGCUGUGAAAGGGAGGUGGUUGCGAUUGUGGUGAGGGUUUUUUUCUCCUCGCGAUUCGACUUGCCAUUAGACAGAGCGCCGUGUGGAGUGGAGCAAGUGAGGGGGCAGGUCCCAUCCGAACCUACCAGAUGCUGUCGCUGUGGUGUGACCUGGUUAUACGGCAACUCCAGUGCUGUUGGCGGCACGGUUUCUUUGUUCGUCUGGAAUGCUAGAUGGCGUGAAUGUCAUGUCGUCUGGAGCAGAGAGGACUGAAGGCGGGAGUCUGAAGGUGGGAGUCUCAAUUUGUCGUCUCUUUUCUUGUUCCUUUUGAUUGGGUCUGGCAGUAGGAGGCGCAUGGUUUCCGAGGCUUGUGCAUUGAGAGCUGGGUAAAGGUGCAAGGCGUGGUGGAAAGGAUACGUGUUUACGAAAUCAAGGGUUGGGUUGGGUCGAGGCACACCUGCUCUGCUGGUGCAUUUGCUCUGCUCUUUUAAGCCCGAGGCCUGCUGCUGGUGUGGUAUGCAAUCAAAUCAUGCAAGGUAGCAGGGGCUGUUGGUGUGAGCCUAUUUUUGAGGCUCCUCGAAAAUAGGCUCUCGGAAGUGCUGCUGCCAGUGGCUUGCUGCUGGUAUGGUAUAGCUUUAUAUCAGAACCAUGUAGGGCAGCUAGCAGGGGCUGUUGGUGUACGAGUGCUACAAGGAAGACAUCUUCGUGCAAU